AUGAGCAUCAACGAGACGGAGUUCAAGAACAUAGCAGACUCUACAAACAUAGAACUCCUACCGUUGCACAACAGAAAAUCAACCCAGUCUCCAAGUCUUCAUAAUGCCCAUACAAAUAUUCAUGAUCAUAACCAUAUCAAAUUAGAAUCAUCCACUCCACAAUUACCCUUGGCUGAUCGUCCACAAUUCAUACUAUUAGUCAUUCUUUACCUAUUACAAGGUAUCCCAGUUGGGUUGGCUUUCGGUUCUAUACCUUUUUUACUAAAAUCUCAAUUAUCAUAUUCUCAAGUUGCAUUUUUUUCAUUAGCUUCAUAUCCAUAUUCUUUAAAAUUGAUAUGGUCUCCAAUAGUGGAUGCUCUUUUUUGGAGUAAAUUGGGACGUAGGAAAAGUUGGGUUAUCCCCGUGCAAUGUGUUAGUGGGUUGGUCUUGUGUUAUUUAGGUAAUGUUAUGGAUCAAUUGAUUUUAAAACCUGAGGAAAAUUUAACAAAGAUUACAAUUGGGUUUUUCUCAUUAGUUAUGCUUUGUGCAACUCAAGAUAUUGCAGUGGAUGGUUGGGCAUUAACUAUUUUGAGUGAACAAGGGUUGAGUUAUGCCUCCACUGCACAAACGGUGGGGUUAAAUACUGGUUAUUUUAUGAGUUUUACUGUUUUUUUAGCAUUCAAUUCUUCGGGGUUUUCAAAUAAAUAUUUGAGAUCAAUCCCACAAGAAUUGGGCGUGUUAUCAUUGAAUUCAUAUCUUAAAUUUUGGGGUGUGAUGUAUUUAUUAGUUACAGUUUAUGUUUUUUAUAAAGUUCAAGAAGAUCCAAGAAGAAAAGAUAGAUUAACUUCAAAUGAUAAUUCUGGUUUCACUGCAUUGAAAGGGGUUUAUAAAACAAUGUUUCAAGUUUUAAGAUUACCAGCAAUUAAAACAUUUAUAACAUUACAUUUGAUUUCUAAAAUUGGUUUUUUAGUUAAUGAAAGUGCAACUAAUUUAAAAUUAUUAGAAAAGGGUUUUGCAAGAGAAGAUUUAGCAAUUACAGUAUUGAUUGAUUUCCCAUUUGAAAUCAUAUUUGGUUAUUAUGUUGCUAAAUGGUCAACUGGUAAAAAUUCAUUAACACCAUGGUUAUAUGCUUAUUUAGGAAGAUUAACUGCAGCUAUUUUGGCACAAAUAAUUGUCUACAUGUUUCCUGAAUCAGGUCAAGUUACCAAGACUUAUUUCAUUUUGGUUAUAUUACAUCAUUUAUUAGGAUCUUUUAUGUCUACUAUUCAAUUUGUUUCAAUUAGUGCAUUCCAUACACAGAUUUCAGAUCCUUUAAUUGGUGGGACUUAUAUGACUUUACUAAAUACAAUUUCCAACUUGGGUGGGCAAUGGCCAAAAUUUAUCAUUUUAAAUAUGAUUGAUUUUUUCACAAUUAAAGAAUGCACUGAAGAUGAUAAAUGUACAACCAUUAGAGAUGGUUAUUAUGUUACAAACUGGAUUUGUAUAACCUUAAGUAUAAUUAUUUUUUUCACAUGGAUCAAGAAAAAAGUUGAAAUUUUGCAAAAACUACCAAAAAGUGCAUGGAGAGUGAAAGAACCUUUAUGA